AUGGUUAAGCAGGGUGGGCAACUGGUGGCCCAGCGCCCAGGGCAGCUCUGUGGUUGUGUUUCAGUGGAGUUCCUUCGGGUGCGGGACGUGGCAUCCUCAGCUGCUCGGACACCCGCUCUUCCGUGCGUUGUAGGGGAGUGGAGUCACUGGAGUGGCUGCACAGAACAGUGCCAGCCCAGUCUGCGGAUACGUAGGCGCUAUGUACAACAGGAACCUAAAAACGGUGGGGAACCUUGUCCUGCUCUAGAGGAGAAGGCCGGCUGCCUGGAAUACCUGACUUACCAAGGAGAGGACUGCGGCCAUGAACAUGUCCCUGCUUUCAUAACUACCUCUGAGUACGGUAAAGAGAGAAAACGGCGAGCAGCAUCUUCUCUUUGGCCUUCAGACAAAGAAGCAGCUGGAUAUUGCGUGGAGUUUAAAACAGAAUCACUUUCACACCACUGUGCUUUGGAGAACCGGCCAUACGCUCGAUGGAUGCAGUACCUACGAGAAGGACACACGGUGUGUGUGGCUUGCCAGCCUCCAGCUAUGAAUACUGACACGCACCGCUGCUCUGGAGAUGGCCAUAAUGCAGAUGGAGAUAAAAUCUUACACUGGGAAGCAGUUGGCAACUCUCAGUGCCAAGGAACCUGGAAGAAGAUUCGGCAACUGGAGCACUGUUCAUGUCCUCUUGUGCAUAGCUUUAUUUUUACAUAA